UUCCUCCGCCUUCUUCCGCAAGUGUUUACGUUAUUCCGUCGGUGUGACAGACGUGCGUCCAGUGGGUAUAUAAAGACAUUCGCACGGCCAUGCUCCGUCAGUAUAGCUCUCUCAUCAAGUCUGGGAAGUGCGGUAAGCUAUCCCUCGCUGAUCACUCAACAUGAAGGCCGUCUUCGUCUCCGCCAUUCUCGUGGUCACUCUCGUGGCUUCGACUUCUGCCCACCACAAGGAGCUUUGCCUGAAGAGUGACGACGCAUUGGUGACGGAACUGGAAUGCAUUAAGCAGCAUAUUAGUCCAGCGACCAACGCAGCCUUCGACACUUCGGUGCAGCAACUGAACUGCCUCAACCGUGCUUGUGCCUACCGAAAAAUGUGUGCUACUGGCGACGUGGAACAAGCGAUGUCUGCUUACUUCACCAGCGAGCAGAUCAACGAGAUCCACGACGCAGCCACUGCUUGCGACCCCGACGUCCACCAUGGUGACGGCCAUUAAGGGCUGUACAACCCUUUAAAACAAAAUUUCUGUAACCUGUAUUUUUUCGACCCCCGGAAUACGACAUGGAAUAGAGCUGGCCAUCAGCUGGCGAUUUACGCAGAAAAGACAAAAUAAACAUUUUGAUGUGUUUGUCA